GGAGGCUGAUAGCCAAUUAUCUACCAUCUGAAGAUGAUAGCCUAAUAGCUAGAUCUCGUCACUUAUGACGCUCAGGACAAUUUGCCAUAUAGGCUGAGUUCAUGUGUUUCUCCCGCUGUUUCCACUGACCGACAAGGCUGCACAUUUGUGCUUUGGGACCUGGGCAGGCAAGAUUACGCAUCCUCCAGAGGUUAGAAAUGGAGGCUUUUAAUCAUAAACUAAACACAUACAUAGACUCAUGGAUGGGUCCCAGAGAUGAACGGGUACAGGGAUGGCUGCUGCUAGACAACUACCCUCCAACCUUUGCACUAACACUCAUGUACUUGCUGAUCGUAUGGCUGGGGCCCAAGUACAUGAGACACAGACAGCCGGUGUCUUGCCAGGGCCUCCUGGUGCUCUACAAUCUGGCCCUCACUCUAUUAUCUUUCUAUAUGUUCUAUGAGCUGGUGUCUGCUGUGUGGCAAGGGGGUUAUAACUUCUACUGCCAAGACACACGCAGUGCGGGAGCGACAGAUACUAAGAUCAUAAAUGUGCUGUGGUGGUACUACUUCUCCAAGGUCAUAGAGUUUAUGGACACCUUCUUCUUCAUCCUACGGAAGAACAACCAUCAGAUCACGUUUCUGCACAUCUACCACCACGCUAGCAUGCUCAACAUCUGGUGGUUCGUCAUGAACUGGGUGCCCUGUGGUCACUCCUACUUUGGUGCCUCUCUCAACAGCUUCAUCCAUAUCCUGAUGUACUCUUACUAUGGGCUCUCUGCUGUCCCGGCCAUACGGCCCUAUCUAUGGUGGAAGAAAUAUAUCACACAAGGCCAGCUGAUUCAAUUCUUUUUGACCAUGUCCCAGACCAUCUGUGCAGUCAUAUGGCCAUGUGGUUUCCCCAGAGGCUGGCUGUUUUUCCAAAUAUUCUAUUUAGUCUCGCUUAUUGUCUUUUUCUCAAACUUCUACAUUCAGACUUACAAGAAACACCGUGUUUCACAAAAGAAGGCGUAUCACCAGAAUGGCUCUGUUGAUUCACUGAAUGGCCAUGCGAAUGGGGUGACACCCACGGAAACCAUUACACACAGGAAAGUGCGGGCGGACUGAAGCUUGAAUAACCUCACAAUCCUAACUUUUGUGCAUAUCUACUAUGUAUGUAAUAUUGCUAGGAGAGAUGUAGGAUUCCUUAUAAAGAAAUGUAUUAGAAGAGCAUAGCUAGUUAAUUCACAAUAUACAAAAAGCCAUGUUUAUCUGAAAGAGAUUCCUAAUGUAUUUUACACCGCAGCCUGUUAUUAUUCAUAUUGAAUCUAAGUUCUUUACAGUUAAGUAAUAAGGAUAGCAGAGGGAGCACAGUACAGCACAGCCCCAGAGACCCACUUCCUUUUAAUGCUGUACAAGAUCUUUGACUGUCUGGUGGGACAUUGUUUUAUUAAGCAACCUUGACCCAUACAGAAAUAACAAUGUUUUUCCAUGUUUUAAUUCACAACAUAUGCACUUGUCUACAUGCUAGAUUGUGUCCUGAUUGGACAAAUCGGGACAAAAUCUAUUUUGGGGAUUCCCUUGCGUAGAGACAAGGCUGUCACAGUGUCAAAUGUGUCCACUGAGUAACUUUAGAGAGGUUCACCUUCAUUGUUUGCAUUGUAAAGUUUAGUUUAAAACCAGUUGCAAUAAUAGAUUUGUCUAUUGUCUGUAUCAGUUAAACAGGUUUGAAAACUAUUUGGCUGUCAAAUGGCACUGAACAGAACAAUACUUUGUGAACAAGAAAUUAGUUUCUAUCUAAUCUUUUCCCAGUUUGGAAUAUUUAUUGCAACACAUACAACAAAAAGCUAAAAUCACACUGAUAGUAUCAUGGUUUGUGUUAAAAAUAGAUGUAUGUUGAAAUAGUUAAAUGUGUCUACUCAAUCCUCAGAAUUCAGCCCGAUUUGAUAUUACCGUAUGUAUGCAUGCAUGAUUGUAAGUCACUUUGUAUAACAGCAUCUGCUAAAUGGCUAUUAUUAUUAUAUGACAUAUAUUCUCAUUAUCUCUCUGAACCCGAAGUCACCGUUUUACUGUCAUCUGUUUGCUUAGAAUUUCAACCUCAUCUCCAUGGAAUACAGAAAACAAUGAAUACAAUUAUAAACUAAGCUUAAACUCUGUAUCAUAUUAAUAUAGUUUAUGUGCUGUGUUUUAAACCCAUUCCUCCCUCUUACACUAGUGUUUGCCUCAUUAGAUUGAAUCAGGAUAAAUGUUACAUCAAGCCAUGAUGUGACUAUUGUGUUUUCUCCAAAGCGUUGCCUUAAUAGAUGUUGCUACCUAUAUGUUUAACUUGUUCCCUUCGCUAUGGAAUUGUAUUGUAGUCCAUGUAUGCCUUAAUUAUGAAAUACAGGGGCCAAAUCGCCAACUUCUGUUGUAGAGCUGUGUCUCGCUUUGAAAGCCAUUUAAAGCCUCUUAGCACUGAAAAGUGGAAACGCUUCUCUAUGGCUGUGUUUACAUAUGCAGCCCAAUGCAGAUACAUAUUUUCCACUAAUUGGUAUUUUGACCAAUCAGAUCAGCUCAGAAGUAGAUCUGAUGUGAAAAGAUCUGAUUUGAUUGGUCAAAAGACCAAUUAGUGGAAAAAAUAGCAGAAUUGGGUUGCCUGUUUAAACGCAACCUAAAUCAACUGAAGGAUGUCAUCUACUGUUGAAAUAUGGUGAGAUGAAUGGUGUAAUCAACUGUUGUAAAUGUGGCCGGAUGAAUGAUGUAGUUCUGGGUGUCCUUUGAAAUGUGGUCGGAUUAAUUAUGUAAUCAACUGUUGUAAAUGUGGCCGGAUGAAUGAUGUAGUUCUGGGUGUCCUUUGAAAUGUGGUCAGAUUAAUUAUGUAAUCAACUGUUGAAAUGUGGUCAGAUGAAUGAUGUAAUCAACUGUUGAAAUGUGGUCAGAUGAAUGAUGUAAUCAACUUUUGAAAUGUGGUCAGAUGAAUGAUGUCAUCAACUGUUGAAAAUGUGGCCGGAUGAAUGAUGCAGUUCUGGGUGUCCUUUGAAAUGUGGUCAGAUUAAUUAUGUUAUCAACUGUUGAAAUGUGGUCAGAUGAAUUAUGUCAUCAACUGUUGAAAUGUGGUCAGAUGAAUGCCGUUUUGAGAGAGAAACAGCAGGACACAACAUUAUGUCCUCACAAUCUGCGAAUAGACUGCAAAAUCAGAUUUGGAUCCACAGUAAUCUGUAGAAAUGUACUCAGUUUUCUAACAAUACAAGUGAAGCCAGCCUCGAAGCUGUUGCAUUUGUAAUGUCACUGAGAUUGGAAUUAAUAAAAGCAUUCAUGCUU